GGGCUCGAGGCCACGCCACUACGCCGGCCCCAACGGCCCAAGCCAAGCGGUCCAGGCCACGGGCUCGUCGGUCGUCGCCUCGCGGGUCUCAACUGCGCUGCCUCCGGCCCUCCGGGUGAUCACGUCGCGACGCCGCAACCAAGCUUCCGAGUCCCGACGACGACCUGCCUUGUCCAGUGGUAAGCGCAGCACCACCAAACCUCCGGCCCCUCUGAACCGGCCAGAGAGCUCGGGUCAUCGAAUCACGUUCUUCUUUUAAUUAGUGCCAUCAGGGCUCGAGAGUGCGGUGCUCCAAUUCGAUCCCAGGGGCUCCAUACAGAUACAGUGCCCCUGUUAGGGAUAUAACUCGCGUCUAGUUUUCAUCCUUACGACCUUACCUCACUUUAGUUGUUGAUGGCCCGGGCGGCGCAGGACCCUCGGAGAUGUUCUGGCCAUCGAUUCCCCGUUCUUGCUUAUGUCUGGAUGGUGCAGAAGGUUUCGCCCCGGGUCUCUGGCUUAUCUGGAGAUUGUUUCACGCUUUUGUUUAUAUAUUAACAGUGUUCAUUGCAUGAACUUUCUUCAUUGUACAAGGAUAGAUGUUGACUUGUUUCUAAAUCAUAUAUUGUGUUGUACCAAUUGAAUCAUACUGUUCAGAUUUCAUUGGACAGAGUUAUGAGUGCAGUGGAGGAAGAUGGAUGUAGUUUACGGUGUGAUCUAUGCGACACUGAGAUUGUACACAGCAUGGCAGAACUCCUGCUUCGUGGAUUGGCCACAGCUUCAGUGGACAGCACCACGGGCGAUAUAUUCAAGAGCGCAUCUUCUGUAGCUGCUGCUGUGAAGACUGAGCUAGAAAAUUAUAUGCUUGUGAGAACUGAAUCGCUUAUCCGUGAGUUUGUCGAUGGAGCCCAGGAUCAUUCAGAUCAAUUGAUGAAAGCCUCCACAAGGCCAACCGAGUUCCUAUCAGACUUGAUUGGCGACUUCGUGGCAUCCAAAAGGAACUUGCUGAGCCAUGUGUCUGGGUUUUUGUCCAGUGAAAGCCGCUUGAACAGAAUUAAAGAUUUUAUGCAGAAGAUGGAGAUGGAGAAUGUGUGGACACUGGACGUAAGGCAGGCUACCUCAGAGACUAUUCUUGAAAGCAUAGACAUGAAGUGCAUUUUCCACUGCCCCGAAAAAUUUGUUGAGCAAGACAAGCUGGUAGACCAUAGAAGUCGGUGCAAAUUUAGAGUCGUGGGCUGCGAAAAUGAUGGAUGCUCAGUUUCACUUUCUGCCAUUCAUAGUGAGGAGCAUGACUCCAUCUGUCCAUUUAAGGCCCUGCCAUGUGAGCAGCUGUGCGAGCAACAUGUUAUGCGCAGCGAGAUGGAUAAACAUUGUGCAACAGUUUGUGCUAUGAAGCUUAUUAACUGUCCUUUCUACCAUGUUGGAUGUGAAACAGCCUUUCCACAAGGUAAUCUUGAGAACCACUGUUCGAAGCUACUUCAAACGCAUAUGUUGUAUGUUCUCCAAGCAAGUACAAGACAAAAUGCUGCUGUUAAUGAUAUGAAUCAACGAUUACAACUUCUUGAGAAGAUGUUAGGUCGCUCACUCUGAUAAUAAAGGAGCAAGAAGCAAAGAUCAAGGAUCUUGAGAGCGGUAUCAAAGCACAAGAAGCAAAGGUGAAGAAACUUGAGAACGAGCUUAGGUCGAAGAAUGCACGAUAACUUCCUACACAAACCAGAGUGGCAUACUUUAGGACCUGUAAAUAAUCAGUAGCACUGACAUAUAUUUGGAAAUUAUGUUUUUUUGUUCAUAUAAAAAGUAUAGAGAAUUGCAGGGUUUAGACUUCAGAAUAUGAACUUCUCUUGGGUUAUCUUUUAAGUUGAUGUAAUUGAUGUUUUGAUAUUUUUAUAUGAUAUAUUGAUUGCUUGGAUUAUUAUGGGGAUUAGUUGUAUCCGAAUCGUCUAUUAUCUCCUUUGUUGGUUUUGUCCCAUGUUGGCUUUCUUGUAAUUAUGUUAGGGCGCUUAGAAGAGUAAUUCAUAAAAAAUAUUGAUAGGUUCUGGGCUUGUACAUAGCAAUACUAAUGUGAUUGGAAGCAUUUACCACAUGAUGUGUGGAACACUCCUUAGCAAAUACAAACAUUGCCAAUCACUAAGACAGAUUUUUUGUGCAAAUAUAUCGUGUAUCAGUCAUAUGUCAAUGCAAGGUUGAUCUUCCACUUGAAGAUAUCAGUAUAUCGCGAUGAUAUUGGCCUCAAAGCUAAUCAUUAAGCUGCAUUGAUUACAUCCGAUGCUGGAGUUUGAAGUCACAAGAAACUGACAGACAAGUUACCAGGAACUGAUUGGUGUCAAUGAACGAGGGGAGAGAUUUCUGUCCCGUGUACUCCUUUAUGUGAACAUUAUGUUAUAAGGACUGGUUAAGGUAAUUUAGUUAACUUGCACUACUAUGUCAGCAGGUCAAAUUGCACUGGUCCUCGCAGAAUUUUGGAGUUCCUCCUUUUGCUUUGAGCAUUGUAUGUAACAUCAACAUAACCUAUCUUGUUCUGGGAAUCUGGGUAACUACUAUAAUCACAUGGUUUAUGUACUGGAUGACACAUCAUACUGAUUCACUACUUAGCAGGAAUGUCUCCAUAAUCUGAAGCCUCUUCUUCAUGUGGAUGCGAUUCCACAGGUGGUUUUCCACUGCACUUUUCUUGAAUAUUGCCACAAUAUCAUUGCUGGUUGUCUGUUCCCCAGCUUUUGGAUGUGACCACAAUCACCCUGCAAAAUCUUGCAAACUUGUUUCCACUGCACUUGCAUAUGUGCAUGGCACUAUGUACAUCUUUUUCAUCUGUAGGCUUUCAUGGUGAAGACACCAUCACAAUCUCGUCACUGUCAUGGCUAUUUGCCUCAGAUUUGAGGAAAUAAUCACAGGCAGCCUCCAAAAUCUUGCAAACUUCUCUACGGUACUGCACCAGAAUACAGUUCAUGCCAAGAAUAAAAACCAUCAACGGUGUUUCUGAAAAUAUCAGUAUUAGGUUCACUAUUUGAUCUUACGGUCGAUAUAAUUAGAGGGUUGUGUGGUGCAGAGCCAAUUCAACUCACCAGGGGCGGAGCUACGUGUAGUUAUUGGGGUCAGCUGACCCCUAUACAAAUAUAUUCUUAACUAAUGUAUUUAGAUGAUGAUUAAUGGAGCUGACCCCAAUGACUUGUCUGGCUUCGCCCCUGCAACUCACUUGACCAUCUUUCUGUCACAUUACUAAUUUGGCAGCAGUAAUGGCUUAGAGCAAAAGAGGUUGCCUUAGUCAUAGAACAUUCAGCUACCACACUGAGAUUAAAACUGAUCCUUUCUGCUUCGGGUUUAAGAUUGCUAGAGAGUGUGUUAUGUAUGUGGGCCGGUACCACUAUUGGGCCGCCGACCUAUUAGGGUUAGGGUUCUGAGUCUAUAUAUAUGUACCAUACUAUGCAAUAUAUCAAGUAGUUCACUCUACAAUCUUACAUGGUAUCAGACUAGGUUAGGACUUUCUCUCUCACCCCAAAGCCCUGGAGGCUCAACCUUCCCUCUCGGGGGUGCCCCCCGUCCCUAUUUUCUCCCUCUUCUCCCUCCUCUCUACCACGACAGUCGGCAGCAGGUCGGUGCGGACUCCCUCGCCGCAGGCCGUCAGCCAUUAAUCUACGGCCCCCACCGGCCGCCGGAUCUCUCUCCAAUGGCGGGCUCGACCUGGGCAGACUUCAUCGACCGAGCCUCGGCUGGAUCUUCUGCCGUGGACGCCCUGGCAGUGGCAGAGCACCUGUUAUGGCCAACUAUGGCUUGAGCCAUACCUAAAAAUCAUGUUUGGUGUAGUGGUAAGUUCAUAUUGCUUGCAAUCAACAGGUUCCAGGUUCGAGUCCUAUGUGUUGCAUCAUGUUUUUCUCCUUUUUUGUCCUUCUUCAGCCAUACCUCAUUAUUAUUUUGUCCUCCGCCACUGGCCCUGGUGCAUGGCUGUCGUCGUCGCUCCUCUUGGCUCCCCUGCCGUUGCGCCAUGCCUCCCUUCCGUGCGCCGGCAUGGAGCUCGGCCAGGCUCCUUGCUCCCUCCUCCCGGCGGUGCAUGCGAGCGUUGCCGCCAUGGACUCUGGCUGGCGCACUAGCCGCCGCCGCCGCAGCCUCGGCGGCGACAUGCAGGCGUGCUAGCAGCCUCCCUCUUCCUCUCCCCAGCGUCGGCCACCUCCCCCCUGUCCGCGCCGACACGCAGCAACACCUUGCUCCCCCUUUGACCUUCUCUCGUCGCCGGCGUCAAACCCCCUCCCUGCUAGGCCCGGUGCAAGCCCCUGCCAGGCCCGGUGCAAGCCCCUGCCCGGUUGGAACCGCCCCGUCGCCAUCCCCCUUCUCGUUGAAUUCGUCGCUGCCACGGCCUUCCCAGCCGGAUUCACCGUUGUUGCGACCCUCCCGGCUGGACCCGCCGUCUCUUUGGCCGGAUCGCCGUCUUCAUGGUUGGAUUCAUCGUUGUCGUGGAUUUCCCGGUUGGAUCUGCCGUUACCCCUUCUACUCUGUCGUGGGCUUGGCCACCUUGACUUGCGCAGACGCGCGCGCUGCCGUCAGCCUUCCUAGCGGGGCUCCUCGACGACCGGACGACCGAAGAAGCAAGAAGGUCCCCAGUCUGCUACUGCUCUUCUUUUGUUGCGUCACCCUGCCGAUCGUUGCCGCUUGAACAUCGACCCCUCCGAAGAACGAGGCUCCCAUUGCGUGUCUCCCGACCACGUCCGCCUCGACUUCGCCUACCUCGACCUCUAGGGGCUAUCAUCCACAUGGAGUGCACACCGGUCUCUACUCCAGCCGCAACACUCGCACUCUCACGACGCUGCGACUAUGGGAGGAUUUCAACCCAUCGGCUCCUACCUUCGACUUCUACUCCAGUUUCAUUGUAUGUGGUGCCUCCGUUGCGACUGCGGGGGAUGUUAGACAAUGUGUCAUGUAUGUGGGCCGACAUCACUGGUUGGCCGCCAACCAAUUAGGGUUAGGGCUGAGUCUAUAUAUGUAACUAUCCUAUGCAAUAUAUCAAGCAGUUCACUUUACAAUCUUACAAAGAUGGAUGGAGUUUUAAGAGGUUAGAAAUUAUGAUGUUACAAAUUGGUCCAAUAAAUUGAAUUCGGAAUUAUAAAUGACUGUUCUUCCAUUUUCUUGUUUUAUGGAGUUGUGAAAUAUUAGUGAACCCUCAUGUCACCAGUGCAUUUUUUUUGGCUAGGAAACUGUAUCACAGGUGUCAUUGCAUACCUCAUCAGUUGCUCCAGAUUUUAUUCUGGAUUGCAAUAUGCACCAUUUCUUCAUGUUUACACCUAUUAUGUGCAGAAAGAUAAUGUAUAUUAUUGAAAAUGUCCUGCUGAAUAGAUUUUAUGGAAAUGCAAUUCAACUAACCGAUCUUUAUAUUUACUUGACAUGUUGAAUUGGAGGUUGUUCUUAGCGACCACCUGCAGUGGAUCUGUAAAAAAUGUAUCAGCCACAAUUCUCCCUGAUGAAAAGAUAUUUAUGUUUAUGCUAUCAAAAUCGAAUAGCGCGCAGUCUUGUAUGGAAAAGAAAUGUUAAAUCUUUAUGAUCUGUUAACUAGCAUUACAGCUUCAGGGAAAAAUAUAAGUGUGUGACUGCAUUAAUUCAAUAAGUGUUAAAUUACUUAUACAUGUGCAAUAUUAACUGAAGAACGGCAUAAAAUGCAAAAGGGUGCUAUUAAAUAUAAAUUAUUUCUGUGAACACAUAAGUUACUGGAUCUCAUAGAACUACUAGUUUGCUGAUAGAUAUCUUUCAAAUACUCUAAGUAUUCACUUUUGACUAUUAUUCUUUAAGAAUAUACUUAUAGGCCUAUAACAGAUGCUAAAUACCUCGAAGUAAGAACCAAAAGGAACAUCAUGUGCCUGGUGCUUUGUCUCAUAGAUCUGAAACCAGACAAAUACUCAUUCUUUUAUCAACGAGAAAACUUCCCUAAGACAUUUCAUUGAUAUAUCUGCUCUAAGUUAUUGUUACCAAGUUCCUCUUAUCCCUCGAGAAAGAAGCAUGCUGCCAUUCUGUCACUGCGGUGUCGGGAGGGCACAAAGGACUGUGGCAUUGUGACCUGAAAGUCACUUCACGAACCUUGCCACCAUACUCUUCUGAGGCACACCACCUGCUUAGCUGUAGUAAAAAAACAUUAUCUAUUAAAUGAUGUUGAUCAUAACUGUUAGCAUUCAAAUUAGUAGCAGCUCCAAGAAAUUAACAUGAACAAACAGAGCAUGCAGAUAGUGCAACUGACAAAUAGCCAAAUAGACACCUUCAAAUUUGUAUCUUUUCUUGCGUCCCUAUAUUGCUGGAAAAACAUUGAACUGUCACCUAAUAUUGUACUGAAAAACUUCUCAGGUGUACCAGGGAAGAACUUCUGCAAGAUGAGUUAUAUCAGAAUUAGGAAAUGGGUUAUGCAUCAGAAGAAUUGGAAAAAACAAAGUUGGAUGCUCACACUGGUUAUAUCUGCAAGAACAUGGUCAUUGAUGAAAGAAGUACAUGUGCUCUCACCUGUUUUGGGGAGAGCGGGUAUAAGCAUCAAGUUAGUUUCUGCGAGAAGAUAAGGAAAGAUAAAGUUCAAAUAUGUACGGUACCUGUUUUUCAGCUUCCAAGGUUGCUUCAUAACUUUGUAGUGCAGCCUCUAGAGCUCUAAAUGUACGAUUUCUACUCCAGAAUGAUGCGAAGGUAUACC